CUUCUCACCAGAAAGCCAGGCCAAUAGCAUCAUGCAUCCUUGGGUAGCCAUCCUGGGCCUCCUACUCCUGCCAGAUGGUGUAACCUCUUACCAUCGAGUGACUGGAGUGGCGGGUCAGAGUGUCACUCUACCCUGCUACUAUAAUGGAGAAGUCACAAGCAUGUGUUGGGGCCGAGGGGCAUGUCCUUGGUUGAACUGUGGAACUAGCAUCAUCUGGACUGAUGGAUACAGAGUCACCUAUCGGAGGGAUGGACGUUAUCAGCUAAAUGGCAAUAUUCGUGGAAGGGAUGUGUCUUUGACCAUAAACAAUGCUGCCGUGUCUGACAGUGGCUUGUAUUGUUGCCGAAUUGAGGUGAGAGGGUGGUUCAAUGACAUAAAAACCACCCUAGAGUUGAGGAUCAAUCCAGCUCCACCUACAACGACAACGACCACCACCACUACAACAACAACUACCAGCACUACUCCUACAACCACCACCACUACUCCAAGAACAACCACCACUACAAGAAGGACUACUACCACCACUACUCCAAGAACAACCACUACAAGAAUGACAACUCCCACCACUACUCAGAGAACAACCACUACAAGAAAGACAACUCCCACCACUGCUCCAAGAAGAAACACUACAAGAAAGACAACUACCACCACUACUCCAAGAAGAACCACUACAAUCAAGACAACAAUUACUACUACUCCAAGAACCACUACCACCACCAGCACUACUCCAAGAACAACCACCACUAUGAGAAAGACACCCAUUACUACUACUCCAAGAACCACUACCACCACCAGCACUACUCCAAGAACAACCACCACUACAAGAAGGACAACUACUACCACUACUCCAAGAACAACCACUACAAGAAAGAUACCUCCCACCACUACUCCAAGAAGAACCACUACAAGCAAGACAACCAUUACUACUACUUCAAGAACCACUACCACCACCACCACUACUCCAAGAACAACCACCACUAUGAGAAAGACACCCAUUACUACUACUCCAAGAACCACUACCACCACCAGCACUACUCCAAGAACAACCACCACUACAAGAAAGACAAUCAUUACUACUACUCCAAGAACGACUACCACUACUCCAACAACCACCACUACUACUCCCAAAACAAUAACCACCAUGACUCCAACAACUACCAUGACUCCAGCAACCACCACCACCACCUCCACUACUCCAAGAACAACCACCACUAUGAGAAAGACAACCAUUACUACUACUCCAAGAACCACAACCACCACCAGCACUACUCCAAGAACAACCACCACCUCAAAAAAGACAACCAUUACUACUACUCAAAGAACCACUACCACCACCAGCACUACUCCAAGAACAACCACCACUACAAGAAAGACAACCAUUACUACUACUCCAAGAACCACUACCACUAUUCCAACAACCGCCACUACUACCCCCAAAACAAUAACCACCAUGACUCCAACAACCACCACCACCAUCUCAACUACUCCAAGAACAACCACCUCUAAAAGAAAGACAACUGUUACUACUAUUCCAAGAAUGACUACCACUACUCCAACAACCACCACUACUACUCCCAGAACAAUAACCACCACAACUCCAACAACAACCAUGACUCCAACAACCACCACCACCACCUCCACUACUCCAAGAACAACCACCACUACAAGAAAGACAACCAUUACUACUACCUCAAGAACGACUACCACUACUCCAACAACCACCUCUACUACCCCCAAAACAACAACCACCAUGACUCCAACAACCCCCACCAUCACUACUCCAAGAACAACCACCACUACAAGGACAACCACUACCACUACUCCAAGAAAAACCACCACUACAAGAAAGACAACCAUUACUACUACCUCAAGAAUGACUACCUCUACUCCAACAACUGCCACUACUACCCUCAAAACAACAACAACCACGACUCCAACAACUACCACCACCACCUCCACUACUCCAAGAACAACCACCACUACAAGAAAGACAACCAUUACUACUAUUCCAAGAACAACGACCACUACUCCAACAACCACCUCUACUACCCCCAAAAGAACAACCACCAUGACUCCAACAACCACUGCAACCACCUCCACUACUCCAAGAAAAACCACCACUACAAGAAAGACAACCAUUACUACUACCUCAAGAAUGGCUACCUCUACUCCAACAACCGCCACUACUACCCUCAAAACAACAACCAUGACUCCAACAACUACCACCACCACCUCCACUACUCCAAGAACAACCACCACUACAAGAAAGACAACCAUUACUACUAUUCCAAGAACAACUACCACUACUCCAUCAACGGCCACUACUACCCUCAAAACAACAACCACCACGACUCCAACCACCACCACCACCAUUACUCCAAGAACAACCACCACUACAAGAAAGACAACCAUUACUACUAUUCCAAGAACAACUACCACUACUCCAACAACCACCUCUACUACCCCCAAAAGAACAACCACCAUGACUCCAACAACAACUGCAACCACCUCCACUACUCCAAGAAAAACCACCACUACAAGAAAGACAACCAUUACUACUACCUCAAGAAUGACUACCUCUAUUCCAACAAGCAGCACUACUACCCCCAAAACAACAACCACCAUGACUCCAUCAACCCCCACCAUCACUACUCCAAGAACAACCACCACUACAAGGACAACCAUUACCACUACUCCAGCAAUGACUACCACUAUUCCAACAACCACCAUUACUACCCCAAAAACAACCACCAUGACUCCAACAACCAUAACCACCACCACCACUACUCCAAGAACAACCAAAACUACAAGAAAGACAACCAUUACUACUACUUCAGCAAUGACUACCACUAUUUCAAGAACCACUGCUACUACCCGAAAAACAACACCCACCACCAGUCCAACCACCACCACCACCACUACUCCAACCACAAUGGUCACCACUGCUCCAACAACCACCACCACUGCUGUGCCAACAACCAUCAACACCACUACUUCAACCAUGACAGUCACCACUGCUCCAGUGACAGUGAGGUCCUCUACUUCUGCUCUUCCAAUGCCAGCACCCACAGAGGACCUCCAGCCAGCUUCUUUAUCUUCUCCAACUCAGACAGCAGAAAGCCAGCCUACUACCCUGUAUGAAAGAAACAUAACCAGCUCACCAUGGCACUCUUGUUCAACAGAUGGAAAUGGCACUGUGACCCAGUCUCCAGAUCCUCAUUGGCAUAACAAUCAAACUAUUGCGGUGCUGGCACAAGAAACAUGGAUGAGCACCAACAAGGGAGUCUACAUUGGAAUCUCGGUUACUGUUUUGGCAUUGUUGGUCAUGUUUGUGGUAUUCUGGAUUAGGAGAAUGUGAUUCCAUUGAAAGAGUCUCACAUUGGAGCUUUGAAAAAUGCAGCUCCGAAGCCUAUCCAAGAAGAAGACAAUG